UAUAUGGUUUAACCGUUUGGUUCGCCCUAAAUAUCACCAAAGCGUAACAGUGGUGUAAUAGAUAAAUAAAAAGGGGGCUGCGGAAUACGCAUAAACACAACUGAUUGUGUGCUAUACUGCCUACGUUGUAGUAUACAUGUGCACAAUACUAUUAGGACCAAUUGAUUUGCAACUGACUAAUCGUCGUCUACCAUGCAUUGUUCUGAUGGAGGAUGACAACACGGUUGAUUUCCUAUAUUACCGACACGCGCUUAUAGUUAUAGUAGCAAUCGGCUUACAUACACAUAUAAUGCAACCAUUGCAUUUAUUGGACAAUGUGUGAGCAAGAAAUAGCUAAGUUUAGUGUUGGUCAGCGAGUUUUGUCUGCGAAGAAAACUUACGAAUGCUGCUUCUGUGAUCGGAAACUUUCCUCAAAACGGAAUUUACGUCAGCACGAGUACAUACAUACAGGCUUGAAGCCAUUCCCGUGUCAAAAAUGCGGUUUGGCGUUUGCUCAACGAGGUACGUUAGCCAGACACGCAAUGAAGCAUUUGGAUAAGCAGUUUGAGUGUCGGUUUUGUGGGAAGAAACUAUCCACGAAUUCAAGUUUAAAAGUGCAUGAAGCAAUCCACAGUGGGAUUAAACCACACGUUUGCGGGGUGUGUGGAAAGGCGUAUGUACAGAAAGUGAACCUACUGUAUCACAUACGCAGGAAGCUACACGGAAGUGAAGACCACGAAAGGGAAAUGAACACCACACUGUAAAAACGGAUACAAACGUUUUAAGAAACAUACAAAAAAACGACAACAGAACAAUAAAAUUUCAAUACAAAAAAAAAACGACAAAAGAACAAUAAAAUUUCGUUUCAGAUAUUAACAUUAUUCUCAGUGUUUAAUAUAGGUUUAAUUUCAUGCUCUUCUGUAUCUGAAACGUUUACUAUUUUCCCCGUUCCAUGUACAAAAGUGUCAUUAUCCGGUAGCGUAAGUUCUUUCGCCGCUUCUUGAUAAUUAGUAAGCCCCGUUGUCAGCUGAUAAAACCGCCUUUCGGGGAAAGAAUUUUGAUUAAAACCGUUUCUAUAGUUCA